UACUUGCAACAGCAAGGCUAAACGGUGCGCUGCUCGCUCGGUGGGUCGCUCGGUGCUCGCUGGUGAACACCCCUUCGACUUCUGUAAUGGAUAUUAUCUAGUGCCUUAUUACGUUGUCCGCCGUCAGCAGCCCAGCUCGCUAGCAAAUAAAGGGGCGAUGGCACCUCCUCACUAGAGGGCCUGGACCAAUCCGCGCGACACGAUGGAUGGGGAAGCGGCCGACGAGCCCCAGUCCUUUCGCGAGAAGGCCCUUUUCUACACGACGGCCUUCUUCGUCCUGCUGGGCACGUUCAGCCUGUUUGCAUUUUUGUUUUUGGUUCCAUUCGUUAUCGACCCAGCGUUCACCACCAUAUUUAUGCAGUUUGAGCCGCGGGCGGCCCAGUGCGUGACCUCGGAGACGAUCAUAAAGCGCGGCACCAAGAAUUGCACGUGGGCUUCGUGUCGCGAGGGGUGCACCCGCGAGGUUUACAACUGCACGCAGAUCCGCGUCGACUACCGCAUCACGCCACUGAGGCGGCUGCCGCAAGCGGCGCCGGACGACGACGCCGAGGUCACGUCGCCGCUGCCCGAGGAGCCGCCGAGCGCCGAACUCAACGAGUGGAGCGCUAGGGUGGCCAAGAAGAUUGCCAGUCGGCCGGGCGCCGACUACGAGUCGGGGCCGAUCGAGUGGACGGCCGACUGGAUAGAUCGCACCUCGCCGCACAAACUCAACAAGCGCGACGUCACCAUUGUGCCGCUGAUGAAUGACACCUCCGAGUGGUUCUUCACAGGGGCCAAACUCUUCCCCAACGUUAAGGGGUGCGGCUACCCACCGAUGUUGAACUGCACCAUAUUUUUGUGGAAGUACCAAGCGGUGGGAACCAACUUCACUUGUUACUACAGCCGCGUUGACCCGAUGCUAGUGAUGAGUGACCUGGACAUGAAACAAGUUUACCUGAACCUAGUGCUGGCCACCGCCAUCCCGAUCCCGUCGUUCAUCAUCUCGGUCAUCUACCUGGCCUUUGCCUACUUUGUCAUCUAUGCCGAGGAGGAGAGCGUUGACCCCGAGUCCGUGCUUCCUGUCGAAGGCGAGGAGGGCGCGGUUGAGGGCGAGGAGAAAGAGAACCUCAACGACGGCGAGGUGGAGCUGGAGGACAAAGCGCCCCUCGAGGACAGUGGUGGCGGUGGCGACGAAAACAUCGGUGGCGACGAGAAGGAGCCCAGCGGAAACGGAAAACCCGCCCAGCAGCCCACGCCGGUCGAGUCCACCCCGGCGUCUGGGUACGUCUCUGCUUCGACCACCCCCAUUAACGACUUGAUCAAGCCUCCAGCCAUGAUGGUGGUUCGUCCUACGACCCUUCAGCCGAGUGGACCGAUAGCAGCAGUCUGAAGCGACAACUAGCGGGUUUCAAGGGUCCGAUCUCCUGGCGUCCGUAAAAAGAUAAUCUUGCUGCUUGCGCACAUGUGUUUCAAACUAAAAGCGCAUUUCCAUUCCUAUUCGACUGCUUUCUGUUUGACCUAUGGCAAAAAGCUAUGCUGAUAGGAGAGAUAUUCGGGCAGGAUCUAUGGUGAUAUUUGUAAAUAUGGAUUUCAAAAAGCUCACAAGUUAUUUCGUAUGGACGCAUACCUAAAGUAAAGUAGCAAUCAGUUUUUACAAAAUAUUGUUUGCACUUGUUAGUUUUUUAUAAAGUUCUGAAUGCUAAAAGUGAUUUGGAUGUUUUUGCUCUUGAAUUUUUAUUUUCAAAAUUGACGUAUAUGUUGGAAAAUUUAAGCUCUCUCUGUAUAGGCGCAGCACAAGUCAAAUCUGGCAAAAUGUAGGUUCCCAGAGUGCGCGGCCACUUUUGAUUCACUGGAGGAAAAUGUGUUAAGCAUGCCAAAUUUUAUUCGACGAGCUACUAACGCCAUACAUGUACAAACGUGUCCAGAGAUUUUGUGAAAUUUGUCCACUAAUAUUCAAAGAAGUUUAUUCAAGCAACUCUGAAAUUAAGAGAAAGUCUAAUAUAUUUAUGAACACCAGUCUCACUCACAGUCACUAUCUAAGCAUUAAUAAGAUGUGUGCACUCACGCACAAUCACACGCUAGUGGUCUGUGCUUCACAAUUACACACGCAGUCCUUCUGAAACAAAGACAAGAAUUUCUUUUCAUUGGCAUCGUCCGUCUUUCAUUAACUUAAAAAGAGCAAGAAAAUUAUGAUGUAGUUUGUAUUUUUAUGAGUGUGCGAUUUCCCAAAGGGUGUGAAGUGUGAAUGAAACGAUUAGCAGUAUAGCUCCUAAACUUCCUGUAACGCACACAGUUUGCUACCAACUCUGCUAAUAAUAUGAAAGGCUCACUCGAUUUUUGCAGCUUGAGAAGUGAUAAGAAUGAAAAUACAUUAAAAUAAAUUGCUUUUGUAAAAUGUUAUACUACGCUGCUGUCCAAAUAAUGAUCUCAGCUUAAGCCACGGUUGAAUACCAAGCAGAAGAGAAAACGAUCUACAAGACUAACUUUUCUUCCCUGCGUGAGAAUAUUUGUGUUAAAUAUUGUAAUUGAUAUAUUUGAAUUUUUGUCACGCUCUUUUAAAGCCAACACUUUGAAUUGUUACAUACUUCAUUUUUCUCUAAAAUUAUUAAUUGAUAAAAGCAAAAAAAAAAGCUUGAGGAAAUGCUAAAAGCAAAAUGACCAAAUCGCCCCUUGGUCUUAACCCCUUUGAAAUUUUCCUGGCGUGCAUUUUUGGUCAUCUUGACGCUUGAUUUGAAUUGCACUUCAACACUCCAUCUAAUUCCAUUGACUGCUUGAUCAUAUAUUUUAUCAUAUCUGUGUGUUUAGCGAGAUUAAAACUGUUAAAAAAUGCAAAAUAUUUUUAAAAAGACAGAGAGUUAGCACAGGAGGAAAAAUAUUAAAAACACAAAACGUGUCAACUAUUAUGUGUGUUUUUACCGCAGUUCUUAGACGUUAGAUAUCCGGCGCAAAAAAAGUUCCAAAGUUUGCAAACUCUGUAUAAUAGCAUCGCAGUUUUUGUAAAAUAUUUUGAAUGGACCAAAAUGGCGUGUGUGUUGGCGAACAAGUUUGUUUAAUUUACUCUUAGUUUUUAUUCAAACCAAAUUUUAUUUCAAAUAAAAACUAUUGCCUUUUGAUGUGUGUGAAAAAUGUAAAAUUUAUUAUUUACUGAGGUUAAAAUUUAUAAUAAUUAUCAAAUGGAAACUACAACAUGUUGGAGUAGCUAGAGCCGAGACUAGCAAAAGUAUCAUGCAAUAAAUCAAUAACAAAUAAGUAGCUGGAAAAUUACUGGAUGUGCGGUAAGUCAACAAAUAUAACCAAACCAUUAGCAGUAUUUUCUAGUCAAAGAAAAAAUAACUUAAUUUACUGAAAAUGAGAGAAAACGAGGUUAUUUAAUGAAGAUAUUUAUAAAACCAUGCUAGCUUACCAAAAGUCAUAAAAGUAAAAUAUAAACAAAGCUCUCGCACACUCAUGGCCAACACACACUCAUUUCCUUCUUCAUAUUGCGCGCAAAAAGUUCACUCUCUAUCAUUUCAUGGGGCCUUAAUAAUCCAUUGUAAAUGUGAAUGCUAAUAAAAUAUUAUGAAAAUGCAAAUAAUACUUGCGAACCGUGAAAGUUAAUAGCGCUACUUAAAUGCAACUGAAAUGAAUUUUUUCAGUUGUUCCCGGGUUAUUAAAUUUAGCCUAUUUAGCUAAUACAUACUAGGUAUAGUGGCUUGUUAAUUUCCAACUUGUGUUCGCAACGCAUUUACAAAUUAAUAAAUUGUCAUAAAAAUCUGUAACAAAUAUAUUGAAACUUCAUGAGCAAUUUUGGACGCAAUCGAAAAUAAAGCAAGCGUCUGCAAAAAAUUCUCUAAAAGUGAACUUGAAAAGAGAAACUGUGACUAACGUGUCAGGUGAUUGUUUUUAAAAGAGCAACUCCUAAAUAACACUUUUCUCUCGCACGGGAAUAAUCUAGCCAUAUUAUUAUAUCCAUGCAAAAUUAAAACUCAACAUCCACCAUAAACGUUUCUGCAUACUAUGCUGCUCUCAAGAGUCUUGUGUCCGUCAUGAUGCUUGCGGAUUGAACUGUCCGACUAGACAUGCCCUUUCAACAUAAUAGUACAGAUAAUUAUGAGUAUUAAAAAAAACACUGCAUGAAAAAAAAAUGAAAUCUCUCGCAACAGUGACAAUGGAAUAAUUAUGGAAAACGAAUCUCUUGUAAAAUGCUUUUUAAACGACUACAUGCUGAAAAUCGCAAUUACUGAGCAACAAAUUUACUAUUUGAGCAUUGCGCUAUCGUAAAAUAAAGA